UGAACCAUAGAAUUACCUCGGAAUCGUAGCCCUGUUUCGCUUCAUCGGACAACCCGAGCAACGAUCCGGUUACAGGUACAAUCGUUCGAGUCCGAGAAUUUCUCGAGAAUUGGCGUCGCAGAAAUCAAUCCUCGGAUUUCGGGCAUCGUCGAGGUAGAAUGUGAAACCAUUCGGAUGGUCAUGAACCCACAUCAAUGGGAGAAAAUUCAUUUGCCCACAGAAAAUAUACGUAUUUCCAUGACCAGAAGUAUCCCAGUGAAGCAAUCGACAUCCACCACAUUGAGGUCCGAAGUAAUGGUGCAAAGGGAGUUUUUGUCUCUCUCCUUGCUGCCAUCAUUGUGGGGAAUGCAUUGUAUCUUGUCCUUGUCAAGGAGAAAUCAGUUACUCUUCUUUUCUCAAGCUUCCUUUUGUGGGCAUUUCUGAGAAAAUUGUUGCUCGGGAAACCUGUUAAGAAAGAAUCUGUGGUGAUUAUGCCAACUCUUGGGGUACAGCUUGAAACUCUCUAUCUGAGUGGCCGAAUCAUGCGUCAGUUUGUUCCCGUCAGCAAGAUUUUAAAACCUGUGCUACAAGAAUGCGUCACGCCAGUCACUUGUUAUUGGAGCCUGUCUUUGGUUUUGCGUGAGGAAGAAGAACUGACGCCCGUUUUCAAGGAACUACGUCCACCAUUGAAGAUGCUAAUCCCAGUAUGGAAAGCACUCUGUGCUGCCACUGAUGAAGGUAGCUCGCAUCCAUGCACAGAGGACGGUGGAGAUGCUGACGAAGGAGUUCGAUCUGAGAUAAACCCGUGACGUGAUUGAGCCGUCAAUUUUGAAAUACAGAAGCCUGGUGAUCCGUCGCCUUCAAGAAAGCCGCGCCACGGUGACCCUGUCCAAUUUGGCCAACUGAACCGUUAUUUUCACUGCUUGAGAUGUUCUUCGAUGCAACUGCAAUCGAAGGGGUGGGUGCUUCCAUGUCUAAUCGCACCCCCGCUUAUACGUGUGGAUAUAUUUGCAUAUACGCGUACUGGGAUAUUGAGGUCA